AUGGACUUGAACUCCUCCCCGAUCCUACGGGCCCAGCUGACGGGCAUGUUGCUCGAAGGGAUCCUAUUCGGAUGCUUCGCCAUUUUGUAUCCUAUCUCGCUGUGGAUACUGCUGUACAAGCACGGAUGUCGCGGCUACUCGAGGCUAGGGAUGUUGCUUUUUGCGAUAGUGACGAUCAUGUUCGUGCUCGCGCUGACGCAUCUCGCCCUCCUUGCUGAGACCAUCAUCGAGGAUUUUGCGGACCACAGCACUGACGCAAACGGCCCUUUAUUCUUCUUGCUCACUGGACGCGGUCGCAGUACAACUGUCGCGAGUAUAGUCAUCCACGCGGUGGUCUCCUGGAUAGGAGAGAUCUUCAUGACGUAUCGCGUUUUCAUUGUGUGGAGUCGCAGCUGGAAGGCGAUCGUUCUUCCAUGCUCGCUGUUGGCUGGAACAGGCGGCAAGUCAUAUGUUACUUUUCUCCUUACCACUCUCCUGAGUUGUCUCACCUCAGUCACAAUUGGCUUUUGCGUACACUCUUUCAAGAACUCCCACCUCGAUGUCACAGAAGCCUUAUACGCCGACAACGUGAGCGCGUUCAUGACGACCUACCUGGCGCUCGUCCUCGCGAUGAACAUAAUCACGCUAGCACUCAUCCUCGGCAGGCUUAUGCAACACGACAGGAUAAUCCGCAAUUACCGGGCGGACUCCCCCGGCCCCACCAUACCCUGGCGCGUCGCCCGCACGAUCGUGCAGUCGGAGGCCGUGUACUCCGCCACGAUCCUCGCGAACCUUGUCCUCUACGUCAUCCGCUCUACGGGCUUCUUCGUCACCGCGUAUAUGCUCCCGCCGCUGGUCGGCAUCUCGUUCACGCUCAUUAUCACGCAUUCCGGCUUCGACGAGAUCGUGGGCCAGCUGAAGCAGGCGAACGACGUGGGGCACGACCUAGACUGGGUCGUCAACCGUUCCCUGAAGGAGUCUCGGCCGACUAGCAGCGUUGUGCCCUCGUCGCUGGCGGUGACGGCGUCCGCCUCGUGCGAUAAAGUUCACCGUGGACUUUAG